ACACCAAUAUUGCACUCCAUCACAUCGUCCACUCAUCCAACACCAGACUGUCAAACAGUUACUCGCAACCCUUCUUUGAAAGCAUCGUUUAUUUCCGAGCUUUAUAGAUAAUAGUGCAGACACACAGGAUGAUCUCGAACGCUAGCGGCUCUCUAGGGGAAGAUGGCAUACACGUCGACAUGAAUCAUUUGAAGAAGGGCGAGGUUAACCUAGGUACCUCGAUUAUGGCAAUCAAUUUCAAGGACGGCGUUAUCCUCGGAGCAGACAGUCGAACAACCACCGGUGCAUACAUCGCCAACCGGGUGACAGAUAAGCUUACACAAGUCCACGACACUAUCUGGUGCUGCCGAUCUGGGUCAGCUGCGGACACGCAAGCGGUCGCCGAUAUUGUUUCGUACCAUCUCAACAUGUACGGUAUCGUGAACAACGAGCCACCAAGCACACAAACAGCGGCUGCUCUGUUCCAGGAAUUAUGCUAUGACAACAAGGACCAGUUAAGCGCAGGAAUUAUCAUUGCCGGAUACGACCGACGACACGGCGGCCAGGUAUACUCAAUCCCUCUAGGCGGUUCCCUCCAUAAACAAGCGUAUGCCAUUGGUGGCUCCGGAUCUACCUACAUUUACGGAUACUGCGAUGCGAACUGGAAAGAAGGAAUGACGGAAGAGGAGGGCGUCAACUUUGUGAAGAGUGCCCUGAGCGAAGCGAUUAAAUGGGACGGAAGCUCCGGUGGUGUGAUUCGUUUGGUUGUGCUUACAGCCAAAGGUGCAGUUCGUCACCUAUAUCUGCCCGACAAUGGAUAUACCGGUCCAGGGCCUGCCAGAUAGACGAUUGUUGUUCUAUAGACCAAUCGUACCAAUCAUUGAGUCCAAUUCUCUUAUU